UGAACUCGAGCGCUUUUCGAUCAUCCUGCAACCGGCGUCAUGUCCGCCCUACCGUACCGACGCCACCAUCUAUGGCCGCAAAAGUAGACCAGACUCCAACGGAAAGCGACCGGAGCGAAGGCCGAUAGAGAGAGAAAGCUCGCUUCCCGCUUCGCCAGUUCGCCUCUCUCUCUCUCUCUCUGCGAUUCGUCUUCCUCGAGGAAGUCGCCGCCGGCGGUCGCAGCCUCCUCGGCGGUCCGGAGAUGGAGCCCCUGCAGUCCCACCGCGUCGAAAUGCUGAGCAUCGCCGUCGCCCUCGUCGCCGUCGGAGCCGGCACCGCCUACUACUUCUACCUCCAGAGGAAACCUAAAGGUCCUAAAGGUCCUAAAGGCUGUCUCGAUGCCGACAACUUCAAGGAGUUCCUGCUCGUCAAGAGGACGCUGCUCAGCCACAACGUCGCCAAGUUUAGAUUCGCUCUCCCGACUCCGACCUCAGUCUUGGGGCUUCCGAUUGGGCAGCACAUGAGCUGCAGAGGAAAGGAUAGCGUCGGGCAAGAAGUUACGAAACCUUACACUCCGACCACUUUGGAUUCCGAUGUUGGAUACUUCGAGCUGGUUAUCAAGAUGUAUCCCCAAGGAAGGAUGUCCCACCAUUUCCGGGAAAUGCGUGAAGGCGAUUACUUGGCUGUGAAGGGGCCUAAGGGUCGCUUCAAGUAUCAACCUGGCCAAGUAAGGGCUUUUGGGAUGCUCGCUGGGGGUACUGGCAUUACUCCAAUGUUCCAGGUCGCUAGAGCCAUAUUAGAGAAUCCUCAUGACGAGACCAAGAUUCACCUCAUUUAUGCCAAUGUCACAUAUGAGGACAUCCUUUUGAAGGAAGAGCUGGAUAAUUUUGCCCGGAGUUUUCCUGAUCAGUUCCAUGUCUAUUAUGUCUUGAAUCAGCCGCCAGAAAUAUGGGAUGGUGGUGUUGGUUAUGUAUCCAAAGAGAUGGUUCAAAUUCACUGCCCAGCGCCAGCCAGUGACAUUCAGAUAUUGAUGUGCGGACCACCGCCAAUGAACAAAGCAAUGGCUGCUCACCUCAACGAGCUUGGAUACACUCCGGAGAUGCAGUUCAAGUUUUAGGCACAUGGAACUCCACCUCUCCAUUUCUUUGUAGCCUGCAAGCCUGUUACAAGAUUCAUCUCAGAUUGAGGAUCAAUUAGCUGACGGACUGGAUGAUAGCAUUAUUGAAGUCCAGCUCAGUAGUUAAAAUUUUUUGUCUUGUUGAUGCAGUCGUCAAAUGAUUUGCCGGACAACUUUCAAUUUAUUAAUCCUGGUAUACCUUUAACCAUGGUAACUAUCUUUUUGAGAUAUCCUCUGAAAGCCUAUUUUGGACAACUGGAAUAAAGAGAUCCUUAUCCUACAGUUCU